CCCCCCUGGACCCCUCGUGAGCGUCGCCCUCACGCUGCCCGCCUGAAAACCCCAAUACUCCCGAGCCGCGACGCCGUAGGGUGUCCUUCGCCGGCUGCGGCGGCGCACGGCGAUCGCCGGCACGCAGGGGGCACCUGCCUGGUGGUUUAGCGAUGGAAGAGCCGCAAGCGAAUGACCUGCAGUCACCAAAUGGGUCAGAUAUCGAGUUGGAUGUCGUGGAUUUCAUAGCUUUGGAUUACGACGGAGACGCAAAGUGCCAUAUAAAACAGGAUGCAAAAGGGGAGCAACAGCCACUUGCUGAUGCUGAUGGAGGGCUGUCUCCUAUGAAUGUGGAUUUGAAAGGAAUACCAUCUUUGGAAGAUGAAAGGGAAGUAAUGUCUUCUUCGGACCCAUGUGUGCAAGCCCCAAUUGACUUCAAUGUUGCAACCUUGGAGAAGUUCUGCAAAGAAGCAGCAAGAUCAUUCUUCAGCGAAACUGGACUAGUCAGCCAUCAGAUAAAUUCCUACAAUGACUUCAUCUCCCAUGGACUCCAAGAGCUCAUUGAUUCUGUAGGGGAAAUUACUGUUGAGCCUGAUUAUGAUCCUUCAAAGAAAGCAGAAGCAGGUGCUUGGAGGCAUGCAACCAUCAAGUUUGGUAGAGUGAAGUUUGAGGAGCCGGUGUUUUGGGUUGAAGACACCGAACUCGAUGAGCACACGCUCAAACUGAAGCCUAAACAUGCUCGCCUCCAGAACAUGACAUACUCUUCUAAGAUGUUUGUAGAAAUGACUGUUCAGGUUUAUUCACUCAUGCAAAGCGACAAAUCAAAAAUCGGAAAGAAUCCAUAUAUCCAGAAGAGAGAUAUAUUGAAUGAAACUAAAUGGGUCAGCAUUGGUAGGUUACCUGUCAUGGUGAAGUCAAAUUUGUGCUGGCUGCAUAAACUUCAGAAAACUGACUGCCAGUUCGAUUAUGGUGGAUACUUUCUAAUCAAAGGAAUGGAAAAGGCCUUUGUUGCUGAAGAGCAGAGAUGCUUAUCCAGGAUUUGGAUCAAGGACCACCCCAGCUGGGACGCCUCUUACAUGUCUCAAAACAAACGAGAAAGAAUUUAUGUUAAGCUUGUUCAGUCUGAAGAGAGUCAUGGUUUGCGCAAACUCGUUAGAUUGUUCUUCUUGGGUGCAACUAUGCCAAUAUGGAUAAUGUUUUUUGCACUAGGUGUAUCAUCAGAUAAGGAAGCUUUUGAUAUGAUUGACAUACAAGAUUGCGAUGCUUCUUUGGUCAACAUAAUAUCAGCAACUAUAAAGGAAUCUGAUGAACAAUGUGAAGGCUUCCGCAGAGGAGGUAGAGCCCGCCAAUAUGUUGAUGAGUUUAUAAAAAAAACAAAGUUUCCGCCAGAACAAUCCUUUGAUGGGUAUGUUGGUAGGUAUAUGUUUCCUGGUGAUGUCAGUGACAAUAGGAGCAAAGCAUUUUUCUUGGGUUACAUGGUGAAAUGUCUGCUAAUGGCGUACUCUGGCCAUAGAAAAUGUGACGAUAGGGCGAACUUCCGUAACAAGAGGCUAGAUCUAGCAUGCCAGCUGCUUCGUAGAGAACUUUGGGUGCAUCUUAGACAUGCACAGAGACGUAUGGUCAAGAUCAUGCAAAGGCAUUUGAGUGGUGAUGGUGACUUGCAAGUUCUUGAUCAUUAUGUGGAUACGUCAAUUGUUACCAAUGGUCUGAACCGUGCCUUCUCCACCGGUUCCUGGUGCCAUCCAUAUAAAUAUGAAAGGUGCUCAGGAAUUGUUGGAAACCUUAGGAGAACAAAUCCACUUCAAAUGAUGUCCGACUUGAGGAAGACACGGCAGUUGUCUGCUUAUUUUGGAAAUGCUGGAGAUGCUAGAUAUCCGAAUCCAUCUUACUGGGGUAAGUUGUGUUUUUUGUCCACUCCUGAUGGUGAAAAAUGUGGAUUUGUGAAAAACCUAGCUGUUACUGCUGUGGUCAGCUCUGUGAUGCGGAAGCCCUUGAUGGACUUAUUUGUUUCUUGUGGAAUGAAGAAACUGAAUGAAGUUCGUGUACAAGAGCUUCAUGGUACAGACAAGACCUUCUUGAAUGGAAAUUUGAUUGGAGUGUGUGCAAAUCCAGGUGAAUUUGUUACGCAUCUAAGGAAUAUGAGACGUAGCAAUAAAAUAGAUCGACAGGUGGAAAUCAAAAGGGACAUGCAACAUAAAGAAGUUCGUGUCUUUUCUGAUGCAGGGAGAAUCCUAAGACCACUUCUUAUAGUUGAAAAUCUUAAAAGCAUGACAACUAUAAAGCAGAAGAAUGGAUCAUACUCAUUUCAGGAACUUGUGGAUAAAAAUAUAAUUGAGCUGAUUGGUGUUGAAGAGGAGGAGGAUAUCCGAUGUGCUUGUGCAAUUAGGGAUCUCUUUUCAGGAGACAACGAAGAGGGUUUUUUGUACUAUACUCAUUGUGAACUUGAUCCUUCUUUCUUGCUAGGGUUGAGUUGUGGUAUCAUUCCCUUUGCCAACCACAAUAAUGCUCGGAGGGUUUUGAUGCAAGCUGAAAAGCUAUCACAACAGGCUAUUGGCUACUCGUCUACAAAUUCUCAGUACAGAGUUGAUACCCUUUUUCAUCAAAUGUACUAUCCACAGAAACCCCUGUUCAAAACUGUAGUGGCCGACUGUAUUGGUAAGAGCGACCACAACUUUGGAGAAGAAGAUGACUUUACUAGACCAGAAAAUUUCCCAUAUUUCAAUGGCCAAAAUGCAAUAGUCUCAAUCAGUGUUCAUCAGGGUUUUAACCAAGAAGACUCCCUGGUAUUUAAUAGGGGUUCUUUAGAGCGUGGCAUGUUUCGGACACAACAUUUCAAGAGCUAUAAAACACAGAUAGAAAACAAAGAGGUGACCAGGCGACUCAAAUACAGGGAGAAAAUUGAUUUUGGAAAAACGCAAAGCAAGAGAGGCCGGGUUGACAGUCUGGAUAUCGAUGGCUUACCAUAUAUUGGAGCAAGCCUUCAAAGUGGUGACAUUGUCAUCGGGAAGGUCUCAGAGUCUGGUGAAGAUCAUAGCAUGAAGCUUAUGCAUACUGAAAAAGGGAUGGUGGAGAAGGUAGUUCUUUCAGCCAAUGAUGAUGGGAAGAACUCUGCAGUUGUUACUCUAAGACAGGUUCGCUCACCUUGCGUUGGAGACAAGUUUGCAAGUAUGCAUGGACAGAAAGGAGUUGUUGGUCUUUUGGAUUCUCAAGAGAACUUCCCAUUUACUUUCCAAGGAAUAGUUCCAGAUAUUGUGAUAAAUCCGCACGGCUUUCCCACUCGUCAAACUCCUGGUCAGCUGCUUGAAGCUGCGUUGGGUAAGGGGAUUGCCCUUGGUGGGAUGACCCGAUAUGCAACACCAUUUACCACUCCAUCUGUUGACGUGAUCACAGAACAAUUGCACAAAGCUGGUUUUUCAAGGUGGGGAGGUGAGAGCGUUCUGAAUGGACAAAAUGGUGAAAGGAUGCAAUCCUUGGUGUUCAUGGGGCCAGCCUUCUACCAGAGGCUGCACCACAUGGCCGUCGACAAGGUGAAGUUACGCAACACCGGGCCAGUGCACCCACUCACGAGGCAGCCAGUCGAGGACAAGAAAAGGUUCGGCGGAGUCAAGUUUGGGGAGAUGGAGCGCGACUGCCUCCUCGCACACGGUGCCACCGCCAACGUCCACGAGCGGCUGUUCAGGGUCAGCGACCUCUCCGAAAUGCACAUCUGCCAGGCAUGUCAGCGAGUCGCAAAUGUGAUUCUGAGGUCCGAAGGGGGGAAGAAGGUCCAUGGCCCCUACUGUGGGUUCUGCAAGUCCGCAGAGAACAUACUCCGGGUCAACGUGCCUUAUGGCGCAAGCCUCCUGUACAAGGAGCUCUUCUGCAUGGGGAUCUGCCUCAAGUUCGAGACUGAAGUGAUAUAGAACCUCAUCACUGUCCAUUUUGAAUUCAUCGGUGAUGCAAACUCAUUGGUUAGGACUGAAUACUCUCCUCACCUAAUGUGUUUGCUGAAUUGUUAGCAUGAACCUGCCCUAUAUGUUGUGAGACACUGCACAACGCAUUACAAACAGGAUAUAUUCAAGGAAAGGAAGGGAUAUCUCCCUUGCCCUGAACUUUCGGAAGAUUGUUGAAGUUUGAGGGUAUUAUUAUUUAUGCACUUGUGCUAUCUGAUUUGAUGAUACUUCAGCCAUUCCAUGGUA